CGCGCUGGACGCGAUCACAGACAGCUGGACUCAGCGCGAUGGGGAAUUCAGACUCCAAACUACACUUUAGAAAAGCGGUGAUACAGCUUACAACUAAAACUCAGCCCGUGGAGGCGUCUGAUGAGGUGUUCUGGGAUCAGUUUUGGACUGACAUCGACUUGACAGGGCAGGAUAUUUUUGCUCUGGUUCCUGCCGCUGAGAUCCGCGCUGUGAGAGAGGAAUCACCUUCCAAUCUGGCAACCCUCUGCUAUAAGGCUGUGGAGAGACUCGUGUUGAACGCAGACUCCGGCUGCGUGUGUGAGAGAGACAGACAGACCGUAUUGAGCUGCACUCGUCUGUUGACCCGGAUUCUGCCGUACAUCUUUGAAGAUCCGGACUGGCGCGGAUUCUUCUGGUCUACUGUACCAAGAGCGGGCAAGAACGAAGAUGAAAGUGAUGAUGAAUCCACGAGGCCGUUGGCGAAAUCUCUGCUCACAGCUAUUGCUGAUCUGCUCUUCUGUCCAGAUUUCACCGUAGAGAGUCACUGCAAAACCAGUUCGGAUUCUGCUGGUGAUAUUCAAUCCAUUGACAGCUGUGAGUUCAUCUGGGAAGCUGGCGUCGGAUUCGCUCAGUCUCCGCCUCUUAACCACACCCACGACUCCAACAGGCUGGAGAUGUUGAAGCUGUUAUUGACAUGUUUCUCUGAAGACAUGUAUGAGAAUCCAUCUGAAACACACAUGCUCAACCCUUGGGUCUCGUUCUUUUGCUCUAGAGAAAAUAGACAUGCUCUGCCGCUCUUCACAUCCCUUCUUAACGUGGUGUGCGCAUAUGAUCCGAUCGGGUACGGAAUCCCGUACAAUCACCUGAUGUUUUCCGACCAGCGGGGGGCGUUAGCAGAUCUGGCACUGCAGACACUGAUCGUUUCAUUGGAGCAAGAGCUCAUAGACUCUAACGCAAACAUCAACUCGAACUCGAGCACAAACACGGACUCCAACUCUGCCGAUUCCAACAAGGAAACAUCUGCUGAGGAAAGCAAGGCCACAAGCGUUGAAAACCUGUUUGUAAACUACCUGUCCCGAAUUCAUAGAGAAGAGGAUUUUCAUUUCAUCUUGCGGGGCAUCAGUCGACUGCUCAACAAUCCUCUGACGCAGACGUACAUGCCUCAUUCCUGCAAGAAGAUCCAGUUUCACCAAGAGCUGCUGGUGCUUUUCUGGAAGCUCUGUGACCUCAACAAGAAGUUCUUGUUCUAUGUGUUGAAGAGCAGCGAUGUGCUGGAGAUUCUGGUGCCGAUUCUGUUCUAUCUGAACGACGCCAGAGCAAAUCAGUCACGCGUGGGUCUGUUGCAUAUUGGCGUGUUUAUCUUGUUGCUGCUCAGUGGAGAGAGGAAUUUCGGGGUGCGUCUGAAUAAGCCGUACACCGUGCGUGUGCCAAUGGACAUCGCAGUGUUUGCUGGGACUCACGCUGACCUGCUGAUAGUGGUUUUCCAUAAGAUAAUCACAAGUGGACAUCAGCGACUACAGCCCCUGUUUGACUGUCUGCUCACGAUCAUCGUCAACGUGUCUCCUUACCUAAAGAGUCUGUCUAUGGUAGCCGCCAACAAACUACUACACCUGCUGGAAGUGUUCUCCAACAGCUGGUUUCUGUUCCGCUCGCCAGGGAACCAUCACCUGGUUUUCUUUCUGCUAGAAGUUUUUAACAACAUCAUCCAGUACCAGUUCGAUGGUAACUUUAACCUGGUGUACGGCAUCAUCCGCAAGCGCAACCUCUUUCAUCAGCUGGCUAACCUGCCGACAGACAUCAGCUCCAUCCAGAGAGCCCUGCAGAGAAAGACCCGGAGCAACAGCACUCAUAGUGCUGCCUUCAUGGAGAUCUACAACCCCUACAGCGCCGGCUCCAGUGAGGCGCUGUAUAAAACCACACAGGUCCAGUCGGGCACUCUGAAUGCAAGCUUGAAGGCGACUCCACGCAUUGAGAAAUUAACCGAAAAGUCACAGGUUUCUGAGGACGGAACGACACUGUUGAUGCGGCACAGUGACUCUGCUCACAGCCAAUCAGAUCACGGCUCGGAAACGGGAGUCAAAGACACUGAGCCGACGUCAGAAGGAGAUGACAAGUCUUUAAAUGGGGAUUGUGAUGCAAGAAAGAAGAGUGUGUCCUCUUUGUCAGACUGGUCUCCAUCUCCAGACUGGGUCCUUUCGUGGAAGAGUAAACUUCCUCUGCAGACUAUAAUGAGACUUCUGCAGGUGCUCGUGCCACAGGUGGAGAAAAUCUGUAUAGACAAAGGUCUGACAGAUGAAUCAGAGAUCUUGAAGUUUCUACAGCAUGGGACGCUGGUUGGUUUGCUGCCGGUUCCUCAUCCCAUCCUCAUCCGCAAGUACCAGGCCAAUGAGGGCACGGCUCUGUGGUUCCGCACAUAUAUGUGGGGCGUCAUCUACUUACGAAACGUUGAUCCUCCUGUGUGGUACGACACUGAUGUCAAACUCUUUGAGAUCCAGAGGGUUUAACGACAUGAAGAUUAUCAACUCUGCAGAACGGACUUCAUUUCUCCAUACUACAUCCUGAAGAUUUCAGAAAGAUAAUUUCAACUUCCACAUUUCACAUUACGUUCAGUCCAUUUAAACUGUAUUCUUGAGUUUAGUCAAACUGCUCUGUAAUUUCUGUUCUGUUUAGUCCAUUUUGUUUCCUGUUUUGGGUCACCCAAUGUGAGUUGAGAUAUAAUCCCAUGAGCAGUGUGAGAGCAUUGUGUGAUUAUAUUUAUGUUAUUUUUACUUGUAAGAGCGCUCAGUGUGUGAACAGGUGUAAAUGAACUCUGUAUAUAAAGUUGUAAUGAAACAAAAACUUAUUGAUAAAGUCUGCAACGCCUUUGUGAUGUUUUUCUCUUGGAUCCCCAGAUUCUAAGUUAAAUGUCCCAACAUUAUAUUUACAUUUAUGCAUUUGGCAGAUGCUUUUAUCCAAAGGGACUUACAGUGCACUUAUUACAGGGACAAUCCCCCCUGGAGCAACCUGG